CAAGCUCGUGGAAAGAGCGAGUCAUGCAAGGGAGCUGAUGCAUGUUUUCAAGACUUCGCCAAAUUAUCGAUAUGCUGCGCAGUACCUCAAAACAUAUGAGGUGGUGAACAGACAAGGAAGGAAGUUGGGUUCAAAAACUGAGGUUAAGGAAAUUGAGAGCGUUGAGCCUGCAGCAAAGACUCUUCUCAGUUUAGAUGCUGAACAGGAGAAGCACGUGAAGAAACAGCUGGAAACUUUGAAACCCCUGACGAAAUUCAUCGGUGGAGACUACUGGGAGUAUGCCAAACUUCGGAAAACAUACUGGGAGGCGAUGGAAUCAUAUGAAGAUGCUGUCACAGAACAACACAAAGAACGUUCGGAGCAGGCAGAACAGGCAACCACAAAGUCUCAAACAUAUAAAAAUGAUUGUCGUCAGAAGAUGAUUGGAUUUAUCAAAAAGUCGAUUAACGAGCAGAAGGGAAGCCAUGCCGAAUGUGUUCUCAAAUUUCAUGACGAAGAGAUCGCCUAUCAUAGCGCCAUGGCCGAUGCAAUUCCUGUAUACGAAGUGAAAGCCGAAACAAAGAGUAUGAUGAAACUUCCCAAUAAAUGAUUUUUAUUGUGAA